AUGGUAAAUAGGACAUGGUGGGGAGCUCACCCUACCACAGCCCUGAAUUUGUAUAAAACAAUAAUUAGACCAUCAUGGGAGUAUGGAAGUCUAGCUUUCAGUAACUCUUCUCACUGCAGAAAGCUAGAAAAAAUUCAAUAUAAAUGUUUGAGACUGUGCAUAGGGGCAAUGAUCUCCACACCUACAAACGCCUUGUUGGUGGAAUGUGGAGAAAUGCCUUUACAUUCAAGAUUCCAAUAUUUAAGUGAUAAAUUUGUACUUAAAAAAUACCAAGUACAAAAUAAUAGAACAAUCGAAAAUAUCAAGAAUGUAGCCAUAGAUACAUUAACAAGUGACUAUUGGAGAAAUCGUCCAAAACCAAGCUUGGUAUAUAGCUAUAUAAAAGUAAUUGAAACAAGAGGAGACACAAAUAAAUACAAUAAACACCCGUAUUAUAACUUUUUCACAUUAGACAACAGUUAUACGAUAGAAAAAAUAUUCAAUACGAAUACAAUCAACAUAGAGGAUUAUAAAGUUAUAUUUACAGACGGGUCAAAAAUUAAUAACAAAACUGGCUGCGCUUUAUUUUAUGAAAACGAUAAUAUCAAAAUAGGAUAUAAACUACCAGACUUCGUUUCAAUUUGGUCAGCCGAGCUAAUAGCUAUAAAAAAAGCAAUUGAAUAUAUAGAAAGCCACAAAAUCACUAAAGUAGUCAUCGUUACCGAUAGCAAAAGCUGCAUAGAUAAACUGAAAAAUCUAUUCCAUACUAAUCGACUAAGCGAGACAUUAGUAUAUGAAGUAUGGAAUAGACUUAUACAGCUAUUGGAGAACGGGUAUACAGUCAAAUUAUUAUGGACAAGAUCGCACUCCGGUUCUAGUGGAAACGAUGAAGCGGACUCCAUAGCAAAAUGGGCAACAGAAUACGGAACUAUGAUCAACCUAGCCACUAGGAAAGACUAUAUAAAUAAUUCAAAGAAAAAAUACUGGACAAAUGGCAAGAACAAUGGAACAGAUCGUCGGAAACAAAGGGACGACACUACAAGGCAGUCAACCCCAAAUUGA